AUGUCAAUUAAAUCAUACUUGACAAAUCUAAGACAGCAAUUGAAAUCCAAGUCUUUAAGCUAUCCAUUUACCAUUGUCACUGGUAAUCAGUCGGCAGACAUGGAUUCAGUUGUUAGUGCUUUAGCUUUUGCUUAUUUCUCCAAUUUGCAUACCAAGGAGUAUAUAAUUCCAUUGAUUAAUAUCCCUAGAAAUGAUUUGAAAUUAAGAAGAGACAUAGUGAUAUUAUUAAAGUAUUAUUCUAUUACCGAGGAUCUUUUAUUUUUUGUAGAGGAUUUCCAAAUCUUUGUCAAAGAAUCAGAUCAAUUAUUAAUCAAUUUAGUUGAUCACAAUAACAUCCAAGGAGAUGAGCAACAUGAAGCUUUUGGAGCCGGAAAGCUCAAAGUGGUAGGAAUUAUUGACCAUCAUGAAGAUGAAGGACAGUUUGUUGAUUCCCAACCAAGAAUUAUACGUACUUGUGGAUCAAACUCCAGUUUGGUUUUCAAUUAUUUUUACAAUGAGUUUUUUAAAAGUAAGGACCCAAAAUUCUUAGAGACUCAGCUUGAAGCUAUAAAGUUAUUGAUGGGACCUUUAUUGAUUGACACAUCCUGUAUGACCCAAAAAGUUGAAGAACCAGAUACAGCUGCCUUCUCUGUUUACCAAAAGGCAUUGGCCGGUGACGAGAAAUUUAUUCAAUUAUUUGCAGAUUCCGGAGAUAAAGAUCCAUAUGCCAAUUACUAUUCUACUUUAAAGGCAGCCAAGAAGGAUGUCUCAGGAUUCAAAUUUGUUGACCUUUUGCGCAAGGACUACAAGCAGUUUACAUUUCAUGGAGGUGACAAAGUAGGAUUCAGUUCAGUUACUAAGUCAUUCAAAUGGAUCGUGGCCAAUUAUUCCAAGGACGAAAUUGAAAGAACAUUCAUAGAAACUCUUGAAGGGAACAAUAUUGAUUUAAUGAUCAUUGGAACGCAUUUCACUAGGAAAGACAAUGGUCAGUACACAAGAGAAUUUGGUUACUAUUACCAAAAACUGGGAAAUGAAAAAUUCGACAAUUUGUACAAUUUGGCAGAGAAAAAAUUGCAACUUAAUAAUGAUAUUUAUGGCGCUGACAAGAUUGAAUCAACACUUGAAACUCUAGGCAACCGGGGAAAUUUCAAAGUAUUUAACCAAGGUAAUAUAAGCGCCUCAAGAAAGCAAGUUGUUCCAAUUGUAAAGGAGAUUCUCGAGAAUUGA